AUGAAGAUAAGAAAAGAUGUUUCCAACAUUAACGAUGGCUACUCUUAUCAACUUGGUGUUACUCAGAAAGUCAACAUAAGUCUUACUGACACCGAAAUUCCUGUUUUAUGGAUAAACAUUGAAAUGUUAGCUUCAUAUUUACUAACUAGAGAUGCCUUUGAGAACAUGGCUCUGGACAUUUUCUUUGGAAACAGAUUGAAGAAUGAAGAGAAAAUGUUCAACUAUUACAAAAUUUUAGUAGAUAGAUAUGACAUCUCUUGCACUUGGUCAAACAAGUUGUUAUCAUUGCGCCGCUAUGAGUCAUUGUUAUGGUCAAAAUACUAUUAUAUACAAUGUGCUAACAAUGUAAUUCUUUCACCAACAUUAACUUGUCAAUAUCUGAUAUUUAAAAGAACAAACUUUACUUUAGUUUGGACGACAACCAAUGGAGUGAAAUACGUAAUAGUGAUUCUAGAUGUUGGUGGGGCCAAGCUUAAAAUUUCCAGCCUGUCUGAUAUGAAUAGCAUGGAACUAACUGAAUCCAAAGAAUUAUAUAUAUGUGUUAAGAUGUUAAAGGAAUACUUUAAUACAUCCAAAUCAACUGAUAAAGGAAUACCAAUGUACAAAACAUUAAAUGUUUUAACAUAUAUUUGUAUAAGCGCCUCAGAGUUAUGUCUCGUGUUAACGCUAGUUACGUACCUUGUUUUUCCUGAACUGAGAACUGUUCCAGGCAUCAACAACAUGUUCCUGAGUUUAAAUGUGAUAGUUACCAAAACUGGGCCCAGUACUCUAUGUACUUGUAUAGGUAUUUUGACACAUUUUUCGUGGCUUUGGCACUUCACUUGGAGUUUUCUGUGUAGUCUUCACAUGUUUAGAGUGUUUACCUCCAAGGUUCCAAGUCGUUCAAGAAAUAAUGGACUAUGUGCUCAUAUCUUCAAACAGAUACUUUUAUCGUUAAUAAGUCCUGUUUUAAUUGUCACUGUGGUCUUGAUCACGUCACAUUUUAUGUCAAACAGCCUUGGCUAUGGCCGACAUUUGUGUUACUUGGACUCAGCUCUUCUCAUAGGUGUCUCCACGGUCUUUCCAAUCUGUUUGGUUUCCUUGUGUAAUUUAACGUUUCUGGGACUAACAGUUGCCAGUAUUCACAGGGUCGAUUCGCUAGUUACUUUUGAUUUUGUCAAGAAAACUCAGUACAACAGCUGUAUACUUUACGCAAAGUUGUCUUCAGUGACUGGAAUCUACUGGAUCGUGACCAUUGUGGCUGAGGCUUUAGAUAAUGAUGUUCUAAGGUGA